ACAAUUCAAGAGCAGCCAUUCAGUCGCAUUGAGAGUUCCGUUGUGCUUGGUGGAGAUUCGGAGCUUGUUUUUGGGCAAAUAUUAUUGAGGGCAGGAGCUGAAGGGGCCAGCUGCGAGGCAAUUAUCGAGCUGCCUCGAUUGUCUCCACAAUCCAAGUGGCAGUUGAUCGCAGUAGACAGUCGCAGCCAAAGCUCCAAUUUGUGUGGAAAUCAAAAUUUUCUCUUUUUAAUUAUUCAAAAAGGACUAAAAGACGUCACAAAAUGUACAAAUCAAUAAUCCGCAACCCACAUCCUGCUGCAAGGCUCAUCUUCAGGGAUUUGAGGAAAUUUUCAACGUCAAAAGAGCCAACAGGACCCGUUGUCAGGACAUCAGUUCCUGGACCAAAGUCCAAGGAAUUGCUCAGGCAACUCAAUGUGCUCCAGAACGCGGGUUCCGUUCAGUUGUUUGCAAACUAUGACAAAUCAUACAGGAACUAUUUGGUGGAUGCUGAUGAUAAUAUUCUUUUGGAUGUCUUCACACAAAUCUCUUCAGUACCACUGGGAUACAACCAUCCGGAUCUUCUCAGUGUCUUCAACAAUGAACACAAUCUCAAGAGCUUGAUAAAUCGCCCAGCUCUGGGUGUUUUUCCAGCUGAAGAUUGGCCGCAGAAAUUGCAAUCAGCUUUAAUGUCCAUUGCCCCACCGGGUGCAACGCACGUCACGACAAUGAUGUGCGGAUCGUGCUCCAAUGAGAACGCCUACAAGGCAAUCUUUAUUUGGUACAGGAAGACCCAGAGGGGUGAGGAUGUGGACUUUACGAAGCAAGAAAUGGAAUCGUGCAUGAUAAAUAAGGCUCCGGGUUCACCAAAUCUCAGCAUUUUAUCCUUCCAAGGAGCUUUCCAUGGACGCACCCUGGGCGUUCUGUCCACGACGCAUUCCAAGUACAUCCACAAGAUUGAUGUUCCAUCAUUUGAUUGGCCAAUGGCGGCCUUUCCGGCAUAUCGGUAUCCCCUGAAGGACUAUGUGAGGGAGAAUAAGAAGGAGGAUGAGAAGUGCCUGGCCAUGGUGGAGGAUUUAAUUGGGCAAUGGGCAAAGAAGGGGAACCCCGUGGCGGGAAUUGUUGUGGAACCCAUUCAGAGUGAAGGGGGUGACAAUGAGGCAUCACCGGAAUUUUUCCAAGGAUUGCAGAAGAUUGCAAAAGCCAAUGGGGCAGCAUUGCUCAUUGAUGAGGUUCAAACGGGAGGUGGUCCAACGGGGAAGAUGUGGUGCCAUGAGCAUUUCAAUCUGCCCACACCACCGGAUGUUGUGACGUUCAGUAAGAAAAUGCAACUUGGGGGCUUUUUCCAUGGGCCACAUAUGACCCCACCGCAGGCGUACAGGGUGUUUAAUACGUGGAUGGGUGAUCCAGGGAAGGUUCUCAUCCUGGAGCAGAUAAACAAGGUCAUCAAGCGCGAUGGGCUACUGCAGCAGGUGCAGCGUGUGGGGAAUCACCUGAAGAAUGGCUUGAUGGAGAUUGAGGGGGAAUUCCCGAAUCUCUUGGAUUCCUGCCGCGGCAGAGGCACCUUCCUGGCCAUUAAUUGUCGCAACACAAAGCUCCGGGAUGAUGUUUUGCACAAGCUGAAGCAGAGGGGAAUAAUAACAGGUGGCUGCGGGGAUUUGUCCAUUCGCUUCAGACCUGCCCUUGUGUUCGAAGAGAAGCACGCCAACAUUUUCCUGGAUAACUUCCGUGCUGUCAUGAAGGAAGUGAAGUAAAUUCUUGUCUUCCAAAAUUGUUUUCGUUUAGCUGUUUUAGCGUCUUCCACCAGCAUCUGAGAUGCGCCGUCUCAGCUGCAUUUUAUUGCACACAAAUGUCUAUGCAGGAGACAAUAAAAGACAUUUUUGAGAGUAAAAA